AUGGCGCAGAUAUUGUUCCACUGCAGUGAAAAAGGAGUACGAAGACAGUUACAUCACAAGGAUUUCGUUACCAAGAUACAUGAAUUGAUCCAAUUUUGCUAUCGCUGCUUCCGAUCAAAGAAGGCUGGACAUAGAAGUCAGAUGCAAGCCGGACAUAUGCCGAAUACUAACGAUGAGCUCGACAUCUAA